AUGCAGAACGGUGACGAUACGACGACGCCCGCAGAAAGUACGAAAAAGGCAGUGCCCGAAGAAGUUACCAAGCAGUCUUUCCGCCUCAAAGUAUGGCGUCACCUGGAGUCGAACGGGCUGGCGAUGUUCCCGCGGCCGGUCUACAACCGCAUCCCUAACUUCAAGGGAGCUCCCGAGGCAGCGGCCAAGUUGGCAGAGCUGGAAGUCUUCAAGACUGCCAACACGGUCAAAGUUAAUCCUGAUAAACCACAAGAACCUGUAAGGGUGAUAUGCCUGGAGCAAAAAAAGACCUUGUACGUGCCAGUGCCACGUCUACAGAACGGUUUCCUCAACCGACUGGAGUUGACGGAAGGGGAGACUGGUCCCGCGGCCAUUAAAAAGGCAGUCUCACGCAAAGGCAUGGAAACUUAUGGAAAGCCCAUUGGCAUUGAACAUUGCGUUACUCUGGACCUGGUGGUAAUGGGAUCAGUUGCUGUCUCCAAAGAGGGAUAUCGUAUUGGCAAAGGAAGAGGCUAUGGCGACUUGGAGUUCGGCUUAAUGAAGCAUAUGAAGGCAAUUAAUCCCAGCGCAUUGGUCGCUACAACUGUACAUGAUUGUCAGGUUUUCGAAACCCUUCCCGCCGAGUUGUUUGGCCCUCACGAUGUGCCCAUCGACAUCAUAGUCACACCAACACAGGUGAUAGAGACUCAGCGUAUGAGCCAGAGGCCGGUGGGAAUACUGUGGCACUUGCUGUCCAACCGCCGCUUGCAACUGAUGCCCAUCUUGGGACAACUGCGCGAGAUCGAAAUGCUGGCCGGCCGCGCCUGCACGUUGCAAGAAGUGGACACUGACGUAGAGGAGCGCUCCACGCAGAAGCCGCGCAGAAUCAGGCGGCGCACUCGCUCGCACAAGAGCCAGAGUGAGGGAGAGGGCAAUACUACUGAAGGCGAAGACGGCAAGUCCACGGGCAAACCGCGUCGCGCUACGCGUCGCCGCAAUAGCCAGAAGUCGACCGGCAAGGAAGGCAAGGAGGGCAAGGAAACCGAACAACGACCACGCCGCCCCAAACGACAGAGGCCCGUCAUCGACUUCUCUGUCAAGAUAUCUAACAUCAGUCCCAAUACCAGAGUUCGCGAUUUGAAACAGGCGUUGUCUGAGCGCGGAGUCAAACCACAGAUCAUGACAUGGAAGGGAUUCCGUGGUUUCUGCUACUUGCAUUUCUUCAAGUCUGGCCCGCAGAAGGGCGAAGGCGACAGCGCUCCAGCCGCCGUCAGCAUGGACAGCGUACUUACCGCCCUAUCACAGAUGUCCCUAGGCGGUAGCGGGGGGGUGGCUGGCGAAGAAUCUGCCGACGAUAAGCCCCGCUUGCUGACUGUGGAACCUGCCCCGCCCCGUCCCCAGCGGGACCCGCACGACAACCAACCCUCGAAUGCGAGGGCAGCCGGCGAAGAAUCGGCCGACGAUAAGGCCCGCCUCUUGUCUGAGGAACCUCUUGAAGCCAUGAAGCCUGCCCCUGCACAGCCUCUGGCUGCCGCAGUACAUUAA